UGUAGCAGAAAGUCUUGUGUCUCAGUAGAACUCCAGCCAGACUCAACAUGAAGAGCCUUAUCUUCACAAUCGUCCUUCUGGGCUGCUUUUUUCAUCUAGGUCAUUCCUACCAGUGCUACACCUGUAAUGCGGCUUCCAAUGAUAAUUACUGUCUGCAAGUGAAAAACUGCACUGGUUCUACCCCCUUCUGUGGGACAUCCAUUGUUAGUAUCAACUUUGUCACGUUACUCAACAAAUACUGCGCCGCGGCCUGUGUGACUGGGAAUCAAAGCGUUGCCUUCUUUUCCAGUUCAGAGAGUUGCUGCGCCUCCGACUACUGCAACGACCAAAAGAUCGGCAACGUGAAUUACUUUGACUUUAACAGCGCAAGGGGCCUGAGUGGCAACAUGUGCCUCCUGGUAGCCAUCACUAGCCUUCUGACCACUCUUCUUGCACUGGUGGCCUAAAGUGACCCAACAACCUAACUGAUUGGGCAACUUCUGAUGACAUCACUGUUUACUCACAAUUAGCACUUUGAUGAUGGUCCUAAGAGAUUGGUGCACAAUCAGUUAAUUAAAAAAAGAUGGUUUAGUGGGAAGAAAUAGCAUUAUAAUCUUGUUAUUGCUUUAUUUUUUAUUACUUUUUUGUAAACAUUUCCCCUACAUUUUAAAUAAGUUUGACUGAAAUUAAACUUUCACAAAAAGGAAAUGUUUUCCUACAAAAAGAAUUCUAAGAAAAUAAAAGACUGUUAUUCUCUUUUAAAGUUGACUGGCUAGAUCUAGUGGCAAUUUUUUAAAACUUUUUGGAUUUUUUUCAUUUUGAAUUUGAGUCCUCUUUCAAUUGAUAAAACUUGAAAAUAUACGUUUAGAGAAUUUGGGCUUUCAAACUUUAAAUUUCAAGGAAAUAACAUGUAAAAAUGUAAUGAAAAAAACAAGAUUUACUAAUUGAAAAAAAUCUUAAAAAUUCAAAAGAGGAAAUUUGUCGACUAAAACUUGGCCAGACUUCUGUUGAUGUUAAUGGGAGGUGUGUUUUCAAUCUUCAAUCUAUUUUGUAACUUGAGUGUUUAAAUAAAUUCACAUUUUUAAUAUA